AUGUCACGGAAUAUAUGUAUCACUGCCAUCGACGGCCACACAGGUUCUGCCAUCGCCAAGUAUAUUCUCGAAAAUGACAAUUUCAAGAAGAAGGUUGGAACGGUAACAGGAUUAGCCCUCUAUCCUGACUCCAAGCAUGCCCAAGAAGUGUCCGAGCUGGGUGUCGAGGUCGUACCUCACAAACCAGGCCGAAUGAAGGAGAUGGUCAAGACAAUACAGUCUACUGGUGCCAACGCCGUCUGCCUCAUCCCUCCUGCGCAUCAAGACAAGUUCGAAAUUACCCAGGAGUUAAUCGAAGCCACCAAACGUGCAAACAUCCCCAACGUCUGCUUCAUCAGCUCUGCGGGUUGCGAUCUGGCAGAUCCGCAGAAGCAGCCACGGCUGCGCGAAUUCAUUGAGCUUGAGACUCUAGUCAUGGCUACCAAAGGAGAUCCCAGCACCGAGACUGGGCAUUCGCCUGUCGUGAUUCGACCUGGUUUCUAUGCUGAGAACCUGCUCCUAUAUGCUCCUCAAUUGACAGAAGACAAGACAAUCCCGCUGCCCAUCGGAGAGUACCAUAAGUUUGCACCCAUGGCUAUCAGGGAUCUUGCACAGGUAGCUGCCAACGUCCUCACAGGCAAGGGAAAGCACGGUUUUAGUGACAAACAUCGAGGACAGUUGAUGGUUCUUACUGGGCCGAUGCUCUGUGCAGGGGAAGAGCUGGCGACGGCUGCAAGUCAGGCUCUUGGCGACGAUUUCGAAUUUGAGAAUAUCUCUGAGAACGAAGCGAAGAGAGUCUUAAAGGCGCAAUCCGAUCUUGACCCCUCGGAGAUCCAGUACCUUCUCGAGUACUACUCCCUGGUCCGUGAAGGCAAGACGAAUUAUAUUUCUACCACUGCGUUUCAUGAUGUUACAGGACAACAUCCAUUGGAACCACCGGAAUUUUUCAGAGACGUUGCGCAAGCCCUUAAGGCCCAUGCAAGCAAGCAAAACGGACAGAGCAAUCGUGCGAAUAAGAAGAGGAAAACCGAGAGCUGA